AUGCAGGCGCCGCCCCAGCCAAGCCCUGUUCAAGUGUCUGGCCAGUAUGCACCAACUUCCGCGUCGCCUAAGCAGCUCUUCCAGCCGCCCACAGCCCCUCAGACACCCCAUUGGACGCCCCAUGAGCUGCCCAACAAUGCUGUGACUUCCAGUGACACCGUGAACUCACAGCCACGCACGCCUUACAGCCCUGCAACAAUGGCUUCACUGCACGAACAACAACAAAGGGCCCCAGUUCUGGGCACUGUUCCAAUAAGCUCUACUUCAGGAUAUAGCCCCGCCAACGCGCAGCCCAAUCGACCAGGACUAUCUGACAUCCUAGGAACGCCUCCGGUCCCUCCUCCACGUACCUCGUCGAAUAAUCGAAGCCAUGCGUCCCCAUCCACUACCUCGCCUGCUGAUAGAAAUGGUUCCUCAAAAACCAAACGAAGAGAAGAUAGAAGAGACCAGGGAGAUAGAGAAAGGUCUCAUGUCCCCAGUCAUAGAGAUAGACCCAAAGACGAUACCUCGUCAUCUAAGCCUCGCCGAAAAGCCCCACCCUCCCCGGAAGGCCCACGAAGAGCUGCAAGCACCAGAGAACGACGAGAUCACGGGCCCUCGGCGAUGGAGAGUCGAUCAGAAGCCGCAAUGGGGCCUAGCUCCUUCGCCACGGGACUGACGAAGGAAGAUAGCACAAUCACCAAUCGAAUCGUUGUCACUGACCCGGAGGUCGAUAUUGCGCGCGAGAGACAGCGCCAGGCUGAAGCUCAAGCCUGUGGCGCUGCGAAUUUCGAUCGUCCUGAGAGCUCGGAUACAGGUGCUGGAACUAGGAGCAGACAGGACUAUUCGACAGCGAAGCACAAAGAAACGACUUUUGGUGAAUACAUUCUCGGUCAGACCCUUGGUGAAGGAGAAUUCGGGAAAGUGAGACUUGGCUGGAAGCGGGAUGGCAGCGUUCAGGUUGCUAUCAAGCUGAUUAGGCGCGACACCCUGGGAAACAAUCCAAGCCGGCUUCCGAAAAUUCAUCGCGAGAUCGCCAUUCUCCGGGAGUUGUCUCAUCCCAAUAUCGUCCGUUUGCACGAGAUGGUUGAGACAGAACGUAAUAUUGGGAUAAUUUUAGAAUAUGCCUCGGGUGGAGAAUUGUUUGAUUAUAUUUUAAAUCACAGAUAUCUUAAAGACAACGCGGCUCGUCGACUCUUUGCUCAAUUGGUAUCCGGUGUCGGCUAUCUCCACAAGAAAGGGAUUGUCCAUCGUGAUCUAAAACUUGAGAACCUGCUACUGGAUCGAAACCGCAACAUAAUCAUUACUGACUUCGGCUUUGCCAACACCUUUAACCCGGCAGAUGAUCUGAGCGAAGAAAUUGAAUACAAUCUAACCAAUAGAGAGUUUGUGAAACGAAUGAGGCUUGAUCGUCCUGACGCCCAUGGCAUGAGACGAGGAGAUCUUAUGCAAACCAGCUGUGGUAGCCCAUGCUACGCCGCUCCUGAACUUGUUGUUAGCGACUCUCUAUACACAGGGCGCAAGGUGGACGUUUGGAGUUGUGGAGUUAUAUUGUAUGCUAUGCUUGCCGGCUACCUGCCUUUCGAUGACGAUCCUGCAAACCCCGACGGCGAUAAUAUAAAUCUCUUAUACAAAUACAUCGUGACAACCCCCCUUACCUUCCCAGAAUAUGUCACCCCUCACGCCCGUGACCUCCUUCGCCGUAUUCUUGUUCCCGAUCCACGAAAGCGAGCAGAUCUGUUUGAAGUCGCGAGACACAGCUGGCUGGCUGAAUAUGCCUCUGUCGUAUCUCAUAUCACCAGCAACACUACGAAUGUCUCCGACAUUGCAAACACAACAGUGCCCUCUGAGGAUCAAUAUGACACCCCUUCUCUUGCCCGUAGUGCAUCGGUCAGGGAACCUCCUAAGACGCACCAACAGGCCUCUGCUGCACAUGUUGGCGGUCUACCAUUACAGAGCGACCUAGACCGUGUCAGUGAACACUCGAAGCAGCAGCGGGAUGCGAAGAGACGGACAGUGCAGGUCGAAUACGUUGCACCCCAGUCGCAAACUACACGAGGCGAGCCCAAUAGUGGCAGUCGCAUCGCGCAACCUGCAGCAAACCAGAUGGCGAGCCUCGCAGCAUCACGGUCAAAACCUUUACCAAGCAACCCGCCUAACCUCCAGGAGUCAUAUUUGCCUGGUCGUUAUUCCUCUGUGCCUAUUCGCACUCAAGGUAUGCCAAGACCAAAAUCAAAAGAUCUUGCCAAGUCUAUUUCGGAAUUAACUGGUGCCUUUUCUGGAACUCAAGGUCCGCCCGCACAGUCUACGCGGCCUCCAACCAGUGGAUCUAUCUCGUCUGCUUCCAGGCUGGAUAACCGUUUGCCUUCUAGGGGCUCCUAUAGUCUGCCAGUUGCUCCAGCUGUUGCAACUGCUAGCGCCCAAGGACGCCUCGCGCAACCGAAUCUUGGUGGGAAGCCAUACAUCUCAGCUCCUAUUCCGAUAGAACCUAGCGAAAUCCCAGCAACAUCUAUUGGCCAACCGAGCACUCUACCAGGCCCCGUACAUGUACCACAACAGGAUUUCCCGAAAGGACACAAACGGUCAAGUACUGUAAGCAGUAUUUCGGAGAAACUGUUUGGACGCCCGGGUUCAUUCUUUGGCGGAAAGACUUCUCAGCCUGGAUCUCCAAGGGUAAAACCUGGAAAACGAUAUCCGCCUACUAGCAUGAAAGAGCCCUUCGCGUUGGAUAGCUCUCGAGCUUCCAUGGAUUCCCGUCGCUCACUAUCCAAUGUUUUUCGUAAACAGAGUGAUACAAACUCAGGGCAUAGGCAACGGAGAUUUUCACUCCUCCCAACCACCCUAUUUUCAAGAAACUCUACAAAAGAGCACGUUGAGACGAUUGAAUCCUUACAAACACAGCCCACCGACCCAGGUAACAUGCAACGCGAUACAACCCAGGAGCAACCAAGGCCAUCUAAGGCGCCUGCAAUUGCAUCUGAUGAUGCGUUAUACUACCAGAAUCAGGAGCCCAUUCAUGUCCGCCCAGGAUCGUCACAUUAUCAAAAUCAAACUGCGAGUCAGGCUCGCCCAGAAUCUUCUCAGUACCAGCAACAAGGCAAUGUUGGAAUUUAUGCAGAUAAUCCUGAUUUAGCCGAUUAUUCAGCUCAAAUUGAUCGACAGUUUGCGAGCCUCCAUGGGACUCCCGAUCAGUAUUACAAUCGAAAAGAUUAUGAUACCAAGCGCCAGAGCCAAUACCAAAGCGCUCCAAAUAUUCGCUCCGGAGAGCAGUUUCCGAGUCAAGGACGAGUUGACCCCAACCAAACAUUCUCGACUGUGUAUGACGGUGGGUAUCAUCAAAAUCCAGAAUAUGUGCCUUAUCCAACCGCCCAGGGCGGACGAAUGGCAAGAAGCAAUGUUCUUCAAAAGAAUAAUCGCAAGUUUGGGGAUGCAUAUGAGUAUGAUAAGCCACACCAUGCAGGCAGCUCGGGCGCCGCUAGAAAAGUCAUGGACUUUUUCCGCCGCAGAGGAAAAGCCAGGAUUGGUGAAGAUCGCUAG